GCGCCCCGGCCCGCCUCCCGCCGCUGGUGGGGCGGCGGCCGCGGCGGGGCCAGGCGGCGGUCGGGCUUACGCCCCGCCGGCAGAAAGGAAGCGGUUUUACCAGAAUGUUAGCAUCUCGCAAGGAGAAGGAUUUGUACUCUGAUCCUCCAGGAGGCUUUGAAAUAAACCUGGAUCACCGGAAGCUGAAAACUCCCCAGGCCAAGCUCUUCACUGUCCCCAGUGAGGCCCUGGCCAUUGCAGUAGCGACGGAGUGGGACUCCCAGAAAGACACUGUCAAGUUCUACACUAUGCACCUGACCACAUUGUGCAACACAGCUUUGGACAAUCCUACUCAGCGAAACAAAGUACAGCUGAUCUGUGCAGCUGUGAAAUUCCUGGAGACUGACACUGUCUGCUAUCGUGUGGAGGAGCCAGCUGCCUUGGCAGAGCUGCAGAAGAAUGAAUGGGAUCCCAUCAUUGCCUGGGCUGAGAAGAGGUAUAAUGUGGCAAUUGGCUCCUCUACCAGCAUCACAGGGCCAAACAUCCCAGCCAGCACCAAGGACACCUUCAUCAGCCAUCUGGCAUCUUACAACAUGUGGGCUCUGCAAGGUAUAGAAUAUGUGAUCACCCAGCUGAAAUCUCUGAUUCUGUCCAUGGGUCUGAUUGACAGGCACAUUACAGUAGAGAAAGCCGUGCUUCUGUCUCGCCUGGAGGAAGAAUACCAGAUUCAGCGGUGGGGCAGUGUGGAGUGGGCCCAUGACUACGACCUGUGUGAGCUGCGUGCUCGCGCAGCAGCUGGGACUCUAUUUGUUCACCUCUGUUCAGAGAGCUCAACCAUAAAACACAAGCUGUUGCAGGACUAAGGCUGUCAGGCUGCUGAGCUGGGCGCAGGAGGAAAAAUGCCCAGCUGUGAAUUGCUGGCACGCCCCAGAGGAUGGUAGCUGCCAUUCUGCCACCACAUCUUCCCAGAGAUCAGUCAUGAGGGGCUGAGACUUUGUGACAAUUUCUCACUUGGACUGACUCCUGCAGUGCAACCCCAGCAGUUCUGAGCCCAGGAGGAGGAAAGGUCAGGGUGAAUCCCUUUGCAUACUCAAGAUGACUGCUCUGUCUGUUACUAGAAUCUGUAACUCAUUAGAGGAGCACCCACCAAAGAAACAGCUUCCUGGACAAGGCAGGGCACGGCACAGACAUACCCAGCAUAUGCCACAUGUCUUCAUAGCUGCCAGCUCCUGACACACACUUGUUAUGGAAAUCUGAAAACAGACUCCACUGCAUCUGUUCUCCAUCCCUCAGUGUGCCUGUUGGUAACACAAGGGUCUCCGUGUUUGAUUAAAGGCACAUCCCUGCUAGAUUAGAUACUGAAA